AACAAAGUGAAAGUGGGUGCUGCUUGCUGGACUGAACCACUGACCAGAGACUGAGAAACCUUCUUCUUCUCAUUGGCGGUCAGCAGAGACAAGAUGGAAGACUCUUACAAGGAUAGGACUUCACUGGUGAAAGGCGCCAAAGACAUUGCCAAAGAGGUAAAAAGAAAGACAGCCAAAAAAGUGAACCAAGCGGUGGACCGGGCCCAGGAUGAAUACACCCAGCGGUCCUACAGUCGGUUCCAAGAUGAAGAAGAAGAUGAUGACUACUACCCACCUGGAGAAACCUACGAUGGGAACGCCAAUGAGGAUGAAGGUUCAAGCGAAGCUACUGAGGGUCAUGAUGAAGAUGAUGAAAUCUACGAAGGGGAGUAUCAGGGCAUCCCCAGCACGAACCAAGGGAAAGAUAGCAUUGUGUCAGUGAGGCAGCCCAAGGGUGAUGAGUUCAAGGACCGCCGGGACCUGGAGUCAGAGAGGAGAGCCGAUGAGGAAGAGCUGGCCCAGCAGUAUGAGCUGAUCAUCCAAGAAUGUGGCCAUGGCCGUUUUCAGUGGGCCCUGUUCUUCGUCCUGGGCAUGGCUCUUAUGGCUGAUGGCGUUGAGGUGUUUGUCGUGGGCUUUGUGCUGCCCAGUGCUGAGACAGACCUGUGUAUCCCGAAUUCAGGAUCUGGAUGGUUAGGCAGCAUAGUGUACCUCGGGAUGAUGGUGGGGGCGUUCUUCUGGGGAGGACUGGCAGACAAAGUGGGAAGGAAGCAGUCUCUUCUGAUCUGCAUGUCUGUCAACGGAUUCUUUGCCUUCCUUUCAUCGUUUGUCCAAGGGUACGGCUUCUUUCUCUUCUGCCGCUUACUUUCUGGAUUCGGGAUUGGAGGAGCCAUCCCCACCGUGUUCUCCUACUUUGCUGAAGUGCUGGCCCGGGAGAAGCGUGGCGAGCACCUGAGCUGGCUCUGCAUGUUCUGGAUGAUCGGCGGCAUCUACGCCUCAGCCAUGGCCUGGGCCAUCAUCCCGCACUACGGCUGGAGCUUCAGCAUGGGGUCGGCCUACCAGUUCCACAGCUGGCGUGUGUUCGUCAUCGUCUGCGCGCUCCCUUGUGUCUGCGCCGUGGUGGCCCUCACCUUCAUGCCUGAAAGCCCCCGUUUCUUGUUGGAGGUCGGGAAACAUGACGAAGCUUGGAUGAUCCUGAAGUUAAUUCAUGACACGAACAUGAGAGCACGGGGCCAGCCUGAGAAGGUCUUCACGGUAAACAGGAUCAAAACCCCAAAGCAAAUAGACGAGCUGAUUGAAAUCGAGAGCGACACAGGAACGUGGUACAAGAGGUGUUUUGUUCGAAUCCGCACUGAAUUGCACGGCAUUUGGCUGACUUUUAUGAGAUGCUUCAACUAUCCAGUCAGGGAAAAUACAAUCAAGCUUACGAUUGUUUGGUUCACCCUGUCCUUUGGGUACUAUGGAUUAUCUGUUUGGUUCCCUGAUGUCAUCAAACAUCUACAGUCAGAUGAAUAUGCAUUGCAAGUCAAAAAAGUGGAGCGAGAGAAAUAUGCAAAUUUCAGUAUUAACUUCACCAUGGAAAACCAGAUUCAUACCGGUGUGGAAUACGAGAAUGGCAGAUUCCUAGGGGUCAAGUUCAAAUCUGUGACGUUCAAAGAUGCAGCUUUUAAGACCUGCACCUUUCAGGAUGUGACUUCGCUCAACACCUACUUCCAGAACUGCACCUUUACGGACACUGUUUUCGACAACACCGAUUUUGAGCCAUAUAAAUUCAUUGACAGUACAUUUCAAAACUGCUCCUUUUAUCACAAUAAGACGGGCUGCCAGAUCACCUUUGAUGAUGACUAUAGUGCCUACUGGAUUUACUUUGUCAACUUCUUGGGCACCUUGGCAGUGCUGCCCGGGAACAUCGUGUCUGCGCUCCUAAUGGACAGGAUUGGGCGUUUAACGAUGCUCGGUGGCUCUAUGGUGCUUUCGGGAAUCAGCUGUUUCUUCCUUUGGUUUGGCACCAGUGAGUCGAUGAUGAUAGGCAUGCUGUGUCUCUACAAUGGCUUGACCAUCUCCGCCUGGAACUCCCUUGACGUGGUCACUGUGGAGCUGUACCCCACCGACCGGAGGGCUACAGGCUUCGGCUUCUUGAAUGCUCUGUGCAAAGCAGCAGCCGUCCUCGGAAACCUAAUAUUCGGCUCCCUGGUCGGCAUCACCAAAGCCAUCCCCAUCCUGCUGGCUUCGACUGUGCUCGUGUGUGGCGGACUCGUGGGGCUGCGCCUGCCUGACACACGAACCCAGGUCCUGAUGUAACCGGGAGCAAAGCCACGCCGCCUGCAUCUUCCUCGCCCUGUGCCAAUCCUGCCGGCCGGCUCAAGGCUUCAGACUCUUCAUACCUGGGAAGGUGGUCAGGUGUCAGAACGCAAGCUCUCGGGCUGUGACGAAGCUCUAGAAGCAUCCAGCCUUGCCCUUGGUGUGACUUCGCCCCAUCUCCCUUUUCAUGCCUUUCCUAGCUGUGAUGUUCCUGCCUCUGUAAACAGUGUGCGUUUCCAAAGGCUCUGAAGGCGGCCAGGCCAUCCCAAGGGGCUGAGGGCUGCAGGCUAAGAGGGCUGUGCUGGUGGAAGAAAUGGUCCCACCUGCUAAUUCAACACUAACCGCAAAGAGAAGUUGGCAUGUUGCUGCAUCUGUGCUAAUGAGAGGGAUUUCCUCUCUCUCUCUCUCUCUCUCUCUCUCUCUCUCUCUCCCUCUCUCUCUCUCUCUCUUCAAACUGAGUGAUACUUCCUGUUUUCUUAGCAAAGGACACCCAGCCACUCUCGCUGCAGACAACCAUGUGGGGCCAGGCCGCUGGGUGGGGCUCCGUGGGGCUGGCAGUGCCGGUAACUAACUGCUGAGGGUGGCAACAGCGCCAAGGCAAGGCUCUGCCCAGAGCGGCCAAGAUUGGAGCGAGCGGCAAGGUUUCCAUCCAGAACCCCCCUUCGACUGCUGGAAGCGAUGAGGGAGGGGCCCCUCGCAGUAUCCGCACCUGCGGACGAGAGGUUCAGGAUGGGUGGCAAUCGGAGAGGGGCUGCCAUCUCCAAGUGCCACUCGGAAGCUACCCUGAUCUUGUCAGAUAGCCGAUUUCUGGAUAGGAAAAAAAAAAAAAGCCAUUUCCUAAAAACCGUUGCUGCUUCCCUGAUUCUGCCAAUUGGACCAGCACAACGCGAGGUUAGAACUGGCCAGUCGAUCUCUACAAAACCCUUACUAACCCAAUGCCACAAAUCCGUUGCCUUUGAAAAGAUUCCAACUUCUGGUGACGUCAUGUGUGACAAAGCAGAACUGCCCCGGAGGGUUGUCUUAAGAGUAAGCUUUAUAGAUCACCAGACUUUUCUUUCACAGAGGGCUGGGUGGGCUCACACCACCAAUGUUGGGGUGCAUCUCCCAGCGCUGACCAUUUGUGCCACCCAGGAACCUACAAACAAAGGGUAUAUAAAUAAAUAACAGUGGCAUCUAGUCGAGCAAGCUGGGAAGAAAGUCACACCUAAAGCUAUUGAGAAAUACAAGAUGGUCCCGUGAGGGUCCCUCUGUCCCGUGGUGGAGGCACAGUGUCCCAACUAGAUGGCAUCUGACUCGCCAGCUGGUGUCACCCUAGCAGCUCCUCUUCCACUGGCUUCUCCUGGCUGGGUCUGGGUAAAGUCGCAGCCUGCCUGUUGUCCUGGAUGGACAACCUCUCCUGGUGGCUGUCUGGCUGCUCAGUUUACCUCUGGAAUCUU